AUGGGCGGCGCCCGGGACGCGGGCUGGGUGGCGGCCGGCCUGCUGCUCGGGGCCGGCGCCUGCUACUGCCUCUACCGGCUGACGCGGGCGCAGCGGCGGGGCGGCCCGGGGCUCCGGCUGCGCCCCUCCCGGUCCGCAGAAGACUUAACCAAUGGUUCCUAUGAUGAUGUCCUAAAUGCUGAACAGCUUCAGAAACUCCUUUAUCUGCUUGAGUUAACUGAGGACACUUCAAUCAUUGAAAGAGCUUUGGUCACUCUGGGCAACAAUGCAGCCUUUUCAACUAACCAGGUUAUUAUUCGUGAAUUGGGUGGUAUUCCAAUUGUUGGAAGCAAAAUCAAGGAUCCCAACCUCAGUAUUAAAGAGAAGGCUUUAAAUGCACUAAGUAACCUGAGUGUGAAUGUUGAAAAUCAAAUCAAGAUAAAGGUAUACGUCAAUCAAGUCUGUGAGGAUGUCUUCUCCGGCCCCCUGAACUCCCCUGUGCAGUUGGCGGGACUGAGGUUGCUAACAAACAUGACAGUCACCAAUGACCAUCAGCAUAUGUUCACCACUCACAUUACAGACCUGUUCCAAGUAUUGCUUUCAGGAAAUGGAACCACCAAGGUUCAGGUUUUAAAGCUGCUGUUGAAUUUGUCUGAAAAUCCAGCCAUGACGGAAGGACUACUUGGUGCCCAAGUGGAUUCAUCAUUCCUUUCCCUUUAUGAUGGCCACGUGGCAAAGGAGAUUCUUCUUCGAGCUCUUACACUAUUUCAGAAUAUAAAUAACUGCCUCAAAAAAGAAGGCCACUUAACUAUUCAGCCUACUUUCACUCAAGGUUCAUUGUUUUUCCUGUUAUAUGGAGAAGAAUGUGCCCAGAAAAUGAGAGCAUUAGUUAAUCAUCCUGAUGCGGACGUGAAGGAAAAGGUAACAAUAAUACCCAAAUUCUAA